AAUCAUGUUUUCACCACUUUCUUCUUAAACUUCUUCCCAUAACAACAUGCAAAUCUUUGUCAAAACCUUGACUGGAAAGACAAUCACUCUUGAAGUGGAGUCUUCAGACACCAUCGAUAACGUCAAGCAAAAGAUUCAAGACAAAGAGGGUAUCCCACCAGACCAACAGCGCCUUAUCUUUGCUGGAAAGCAACUAGAAGAUGGCCGCACCCUCUCCGAUUACAAUAUUCAGAAAGAAUCCACUCUCCACCUUGUGCUUCGCUUACGUGGUGGUAUGCAAAUCUUCGUCAAGACCUUGACUGGCAAGACCAUCACUUUGGAAGUGGAGUCGUCCGAUACCAUCGAUAACGUGAAGCAGAAGAUUCAAGACAAAGAAGGCAUUCCACCAGACCAGCAACGUCUCAUCUUUGCUGGUAAACAGCUUGAAGAUGGACGAACGCUUUCUGACUACAACAUCCAAAAGGAGUCCACCUUGCACUUAGUUCUCCGCUUACGUGGCGGCAUGCGAAUACAUGUGACCUCCCCAAAUGGCAAGGCGCUUAUCCUAGACAACGUAGAAUCCUCCGCUACGGUAGAAAGCAUCCAAGAAAAGGUGGAAGAUAAGGCUGGAUAUCGUCUGAUGUAUCAAGGGCAUGAACUGCAACAAGGCCAACCAUUAGCUACUUAUAAUAUCCAGGAUGAAUCAACUCUCAUUUUAGAACAGCCCGCUCCUGCUCGUAGAAAGUUAACCCGUUGCGCAUUUGGUACUUGCACUGAUAAGGCUGUCAAGAUCGUUGGAGACUGCCGCUACUGUGAGGCUAAGUUUUGUGGACGACAUCGUUUGCCAGAAGCCCAUGCGUGUGUAAAUCUCACCAACUGUAAGCAAGUGGCCCACGAACGUAAUAGUAUCAAGUUGCUAAGCGAACGAUGUGUAGCUAGUAAAGUGUAAAUAUCAUAAUAAUCCCCCCCACCCACGCAAGAAAUAAACCCACCUACUGUAAUGUACGAAAAUAAGCAAACCGAACCUAUUUU